GUACGGUUUUAGUGCCUGGAAAUGGUUUGUUUACAUAAUUUUUGAUGAAGUUAAUAAUUUUAAAAAUAAGUCUAGUUUAGUUCAGACUGUUUUAAAAGUCAUAGAAAAGUGUUGUGCGAACAUAAUUGUUUUCAUUUGGACGGUAUUCGGGCGUAUUCGUCAAUAUUUAAGUGGAACUACUUUUUGCUGGCGCAUGUUUUUAUGAAAGCACCCAAACAAGCAGUAAUUGAUGAGGUUGAUAUACUGUUUCAACUUCGUAGCCCACGUUUCACAUUCGUUACAAUAGUUAUAUUGUAUUUAUUUGUUGGAGGGGAAGGUAGUGCAAUCGGUAAGAUUGUUGUUUAUUAAUUUGUGUUUUGAAAUAGUGUUUACAAAACAAUAAAAGUGUGAAAUUCAUGGAAAUACGCCAAAGAAUAGAAAUGCCGUCAGCCGAAAUGUGUAAUAUGACGUCUAACGCUAAUUCUCAGUUCAGUAUUUCUUCAAAAGAUAUCGAAGGCCUAGUUUUAGAAAUAAAGGAAAAUCUGCGAUUAUCAACAGCAUCUGCUACAAUACAAUACAAGCCUAUGCCACGAGCUCGCAGUAUAUCAAAGAGAUCUUCUAGAGCAUCUCCAUACAGCAGACCCCCCAAAUGUAGUGACAGACGGUGUUGUGAUCCGAACUGUAUUGGUAAACACAAAACACAGGAAAUUACCAAUGAGGAUCCCUACGAACUUUUACAAAAAUUCCUCAGAGAUGGAAGUUUAGUUAGUGAGGCUGUGAAAAGAGUACAACUAGGAAUUAGUACCAAACAGUUUUAUUAUGACUCAGACGACGAGUGUAGAACACCAGUUUUCCGGUUUAUACCUCAGGACAAAUAGGAUACUAAGUAAAUAUUUCAUUUCAAUAUUAUUGUUCCUUUUGUAGGAAAUUCAAGUAUGAGUUGCGUCAGCAGAAUAACUUGCUAAAAUGUUAUUUUUAUGAACUUUUUGGUUAAGUUGGAUAUUUUAAGUACACUCAUCAACAUAAUCUACUGAUAUUUUAUAUCAUUUGAAAGCAAUUUAAUCUUAUGUUUACUGCUAAAAUGUGUUUAUUCAACUAUAUAAUACAGUUUUGUAUCUAGAAUUAAUAUUUAGGCCAUCCAUUUUUUGUGCUCAUUUGGAGCCAAUUUACAUCUCAUGCUUAUUUAAAAGGUAUUAUAAUCCAUGAUAUGUCAUUUGAGUGUAAAUUUGUUACUGAUCAGAACUCUGUCAAAGGUAGUUUUGUUACAUAAUGCAAUCAUUGCAGGUCCUUGUUACUUAUAAAAAAUAUCAAAUAAUCUUUUUUAGCUUGUAGAUUUUUACCUCAAAUAGUUGGGUUUAUAUAACAUAUUGCUCUAUAUUACUACUUUAUAACAUAAUGAAAGUCCAAAUUGAAGGAAGAAUGAGUCUCCUAGAACAAUCAUUGAUUUGACAUUUGAGAAAUUCAUUUUUCAGUUUCACAAAAAUCCUUCAAUGAUUUUUCUUAGGAUUCUAUAAUUUUAUAAGAAUUGAUAUGUAUGAUAAGACGUUUUUGUUCAAUUAUAUUUACCCUUGGUUUGGGCAGUACUGGUGGAAAAAUCUAUCUGUAGACAUUGUUGAUGUGUGUAGUUUACCUUAUUUUUAUGGAACAUGAAGUAUCCCAGAUGUAUUUCAUGUCCGUUUUCAAUCCAAAUAUAUUUGGCAAAAUAAUUUAGCUUUUUUGUGGACACCUUAAAAUAAUUAGAAUUAUAUACGCUUAAAUUUGAAUCUACUGCUAAUACGCUUAAAAUUAAUAAUUUAUACUUGAAAAUUUUCAAAUUUCAUCUUGUAUAAAUUUAUGAAAUCUGUGAUUCAACUAAAUGAAAUUUCAGAUUGGGAAUGAGGAGUCGAAUUUGUGAUUUACUUGUUUACCAUGUCCAUUAAUCUACAUUAAAUUCUACCAAAUAUUUGGACAAAUUGGACAUUUUUAAAAAACAUGUGUCUCUUAUCUUGGCGUUUUUUCAACAAGAUUAUAUCAACAUUGUUUUAAAAUUUGAGAGAUAAGUGACAUUUGUUUACAAAUUAUUAAUGACAAAGACAAUGAUAGGUAUGUUUUAUAAAAGAAUGUAUUAUGUAGAGAAAGUGUGAAAUGAACAUGUGACUCAUUUCUCCAUUAAAUAGGAUUAGUAAAUAACAUCAAUAAAGAUAUCUUCUUGAUAAUAAAUAUUGGAAAGUGAAUUAAGCAUAUAAAAUAAACCUACAAGUACAUAAUUCUCUUUGCAAGUAGAUUUCAGGCCAUUUUAUAGGUCAUCCACUCUUCAUAGGUAUGCCUACACAACCAUACAAGGUCACACUGUAAAAUUAAAUCCAUUCUUCAUAUGGCUAAAAAUAUUUGAUUAUUGGUUGCUUAAACAUAAUGUGUACAUAAUAAACUUUUCACAAUAUUGUACAUAUAUUUGCUCAGUAAAAAGAACAAGUACUAGAUUUCAAGAUUCUAUUUUCUAGGUAUUCUCCUUUCAGUUUAGACUUGGUGUUUAUUUUAUUUUCUUGUCAGUUUGUUGCCUUCUGUGACACAUCAUGUUUUUUUUCAAAACAUUCAAAUCUUUUUCAUUCGUAAUAUAAAAUUUUCCUCAUUACUAUAUUACUAUAUAUUGGCCAUGAUAUAUUUUGUGUUUUGUCAAGAGUUACAUAUUAAUAAAUCAAUUCUUAUUU